AAGGGGCAUUGCGGAAGUAGUCGAGCGGCACGCGGAGGAGGAAUCAGCUGACUGACAACAAACAACAACAUCUAACGGCAGCAUCCUCCCGGUCCUCCCGGUCCGAGGCUCCCUGCUCGGCUCACAGAGGCCCGGACUCACGGUCAGUCCACCGGACGCUCGUCCCCGAGCUCCUGCACGCGCCGCGCUGUCCGUUAAACGUCCGUUAGUUCCGGUCCGGUUCGACAUGACGGGCUACAAACCGUUUCACUCCCAGCUGGCGUCCAUCAUGGAGGCGCUGACCAAGGCGGCGCUGACGGAGAUCUGCGAGCUGGUGGAUGAAGGCUACGCCGAGCUGCAGCUGGAGAUCUCCCGCAGCCACCGGGAGAACGAGGCGCUGCGGAGGAAGCUGGAGCUGAUCGAGACCAUCAUCGCCCGGGGACACCGGGACAGCGCCGCCGGGCUGCUGGACUUCACCGAGGAGCGUGUCUUACUGGCUGGAGCGAGUGCUGAACAGACUAAGACAGGCCUCAGACGGAGCGGACGGGUCGCUGUGACAGAGGACUCUUCGCCGGUCGCUGCAGACGAGCUCGGUGAACAGGAUGUUGUUCUGAUAAAAGAGGAAACGGCGAAAGAGGAAGUGAACGCCGAGGAAGCCACGGACGAGCUGCUCCUCAACGAAGACGGAGCCGAGGCGCCGCUGUCAGACACCGACGACAGCAACGAGGGACCGUCUGGGAUGAUGUCCGACAUGAGGCCGUGGGAUCAGAGCAGUAACGGGCCGCCGGAGAGAGUCGAGCGCCAUCAAGACUCCCACAGUGCACUGGGGUCACCCGGGGCGCCUGCAGGGGGCGCUCAGAGCAACUCUUCAGACGUCGUGUUUGAUUUGGCGUCAGAGUCGGACAGCGAAGCUCCAUCUGCGGUCCCGACGAGGAAGCCGUUCCUCCUCCCCGGCACCUCUGAGCCGAAGCGCGGCGCACUGAUCCCCUACGACACCGAGCUGGAUCUGUGCUCCACGUGGACCACUCAGGGCCUGCCGAGCAUGGUGCCCGUCCCUCACCGGCCCACGCUCCUGGACAAAGUGUCAGACCUGAGCGCUCCGGGUUUCCCGUUAACGCUCGGCCUGGGCGUACCUAGACUGGACCCGCUGGAGCUGAACCGGUACUGCAGGGACAGGCGCUUCGUCUGCAGCUACUGCGGGAAAUGCUUCACGUCGUCCCGGAGCCUGGAGACGCACGUCCGCGUCCACACAGGCGAGCGGCCGUACAGCUGCGCCCAGUGCGGGAAGCGCUUCACGCAGUCGGGACACCUGAAGACGCACCAGAGCGUCCACACCGGAGAGCGGCCGUUCGCCUGCGAGCAUUGUGGGAAAAGGUUCGCCGGGAAGCAGAACCUGAGGAUCCAUCAGCAGAAACACCACCCGCCUGAGCAGGACGCCGCGCCGGUUCAAGGCUCGGCCCGCCUGCGCUCCGUGUUGUCCGGUGAGACCUGGCUUCCGGCGGGAUGGGGCGGCAAGAGCAGCAGAGCUCUGCACGAGCAGCUCUCCAUCAUCAUGGAGGCGCUGACCAAGGCGGCGCUGACGGAGAGCUGCGAGCUGGUGGAUGAAGGCUACGCCGAGCGCACGGCGGGAAGGCGGCGGAGGCUUUGUUACCGGGACAGGAGGCGGAGGAGACAGCGCAGCAGCAGCGGGACAGUGACGGAGGAGACACCCGCUGCUGCUCCCGGAGCAGACACGGAGGAGCUGCGGUGGGAGGUGCGGGAGGAGCUUCCAGAUGUGGUGCUGAUCAAAGACGAAGACUCGGACAGUAACGACAGCUUUGAGGAAGAUAACAAGCAGCCGGCUGACGGAGCGCCGGCUGCAGCCAGAGACUCCGUCACGUCGACCUCCCUCAGCCGGACUGUGAAGCGACGCUGGCCAGGCAGCGAGGCGGCUGACAGGAAGUCGUCAUCGUCGUCGUCAUCCAAAGUGAGCGCAGGGACGCCGAAGCCGAGCGUGUCCGUCUACACUCUGGACUCUCCUCGCAGCGAGCCGGGCUGCUCCGGACAGCUCGGGGCCGACAACAUGGAGGCCGACUCGUCGGUCUACUCCGUGCAGAUGAACCCGGACGUCCAGCUGGUCAACCAGGACUGCUCACUGGUCCCGCCGACAAGCAGCCAAACGGCGUAUUACGGGAGCGGCGCUCUGCUGGACUCUCAGUCUCCCACGAACAGAGCCGAACUGGACCUGAGCCUGACGUGGACCAAACAGGCGAAGGGUCAGAUGAGCUUCUCUCAGUUCCACCAGAGCGACGACGGAGACGCGUUCGGGAUCAAGCUGAUCAGCGUGUCGGGUUCCACUUCCACGGACUGCCAGCUGUCCGAGAGCAGCAACUCGGCGCUCGAGUACGACGACGCCGACAUGAUGAACUUCGGCCUCUACAGGGACCAGCCGGGUCACCCUCAGCUGGGCGGCGGCGGCAGCAUCCGAGGGAAGCGCUUCAUUUGCUCCAUCUGCAACAGGACGUAUGCCACGUCUCAGAACCUGGACGUUCACAUGCGGAUCCACACGGGCGAGAGGCCGUUCAGCUGCAGCCAGUGCGGCAAGAAGUUCACCCAGUCGGCGCACCUGAAGUCGCACCUGAGCGUGCACUCCGGAGAGCGGCCGUACGCCUGCACGAUGUGCUCCAGGAGCUUCAUCGUCAAAUACAGCCUCAAGUUACACAUGAAGAAAUGUCACCCCAACGUCUGCUGUCGAUUUUUUUUUUUUUUUUUUUUACCCGCAUCACUUCCGGGUCUGUCUCGAGACUGUUUGCUGUUUCAGGUGUCUCCGUCCAAAGACUACCGGAGGGUUUCGGUUCCGGUAAUCUGGACUGGUCCCGUUUCCACCAACACGCACGCACGCACGCGGCGGGUGGACGACAUGUCUCCGGCCGCCGCCCUCCACGCGCAGCUCGCCUCCAUCAUGGAGGUGCUGGCUAACACCGCGGUGGCGGAGAUCUGCGAGCUCGUGGACAGCGGCUACUCGGUGCUGCAGCUGGAGAUCUCGCGGAGCCGCAAGGAGAACGAGGUGCUGCGGAGAAAGCUGCGGCUCAUGGAGCUCCGAGCGACGCGCGCCGCCGCGCUCAGGACCGCCGCCGCGUCCGCCGCGUCCGCCGCCGCGAGCGGCAACGCGCUGCUGCCAGCGAGCGGCCGCGCUCGAGCUCUGCCGCCUGCUCAUCACCUUGGCAACGAGUCAAGGAGGACGGAAGCGCCUCGAGCUGAGGCGGCGCUGUCCAGACUGUCCAACCAGGAGGCGCUGCGGUGCGGAGACACUGAUCCGAACUCGGACUCUGGAAAAGAUCCGACACAGGGGACGCCCGCUGCAGGCGAGUCGGCCAAACUGACGAGUGCGCUGAUCAAAGUGGAGAACGAUGACAACCACGAGUCCUGGAGCCGGUCUGAACAGGACAAGGACUUUGGUUGUGCUGUUGAUGGACAGACGACAGAGGCAGAAGCUCCGCCCCCGCCGACUAAACAGGAAGUAGCAGACGAAGGCGUCGGUUCGAGUUCGAGUCAGUCGUGGGUGAGCGGGGAAGUCAGCUCCACCUCCAUGUCCGUCCAGAAAAGCCUGAACACCGUCCAGAGGUCGGAGACGAGCAGUUACGACCGUCUGAUGUACGAGCCGCCGCUCCAACAUGGCGCCCUCAGUACCCAGAAUCCUCUGAGUGAGGACCCCGGCUGCUCGUACGUGUUGAACACCAGCGCAAGCGCCACGUUCACCGUCAGCGAGGUGACUCCGCCUGCAGCAGAGCGGCAGCAGCCUGCAGGUUAUCAGAACAGCCAGCCGAUGGCGCCGUUACCCGCGGACGAGUUGCAGCUUCCGGUGAGGAAAGACGUGACGGAGAGACAAAACGCUUUCAUCAGAAGGGACAGGUGGAGAAAUCAGGACGGCGUCAACAGGGCGUCUGGGAGUCACGGCCGGGAUGACGGCGGCGGGAAGACGUUUGUCUGUAACUUCUGCGGUAAAACUCUGGCCUGCCUGAAGAACCUGAAGACGCACAUGAGAGUCCACACGGGGGAGAAGCCGUUUGUCUGCGCGCUCUGCGGCAAACGCUUCUCCGACUCCAGCAACCUGAAACGCCACCAGAGUGUCCACACCGGAGAGAAACGCUACGGCUGCGUCCACUGCGGGAAACGCUUCGCCCAGUCGGGGUCGCUGAAGGUCCACAUGAGCGUCCACACCGACUGCAAACAGUUCAGGUGUUCGUACUGCGGCAAAACCUUCAUCUCCGGCAGCCACCUGCGACGACACAUCGCCGCGCAUCUCGGAGAGAAACGAUUGGCUCCCGCGUUCCAGUGACAACAGGUGAUGGGAAUACAGAGGUCGGAGCACUUCCUGUUUGGGCACGAACGCCUCAUUGAUUAAAAAAUGAUGCUUGUGUCUCGACAAAGAAAGCAGCCAACAUGAUGAAGCACAACAUGAAGAGAUUUUUUGAUUUAUGGAUUAUUUAUUUCACAAUUUUUUAUGACUGAAGAUCUCCAAAAAAGUUCUGCUUUGGUUUUAUCACCACCAACAGCUUGCAGUUAUUAACUUUGUUAUCAAAACGUUGCAGAUUUAAUUACGUAUUAAUUCAUUAAGUACGUCAGUCAACAAAUGGUCCAGCGCUUGUUUUUGUCGACUCGUAGCGUCUGAAGAAAAAUCUGCAUGUUUUUGUCUGAAGGUGACAAGUUUGUGUCCAGUCAGUUUUUUAUGAUCGUCGUGUCAUUUUGUAAUAAAGUUCAAUUAUUGUUGCACAACAGCAGCUGCUUCGUUUGUCAUCACCUCCACCCGAGACGCCCUGAUGUAGUUUUAUUUAUGAACAGUGAAAAGUGUUCAAAGUCCUGAUGGUACAGAUCCAUCAUGACGGCUUCCAGUCUGUUAUUUUAACAAUACAGAGGUCCCUCGUUUAUCGCGGGGGAUACUU